UGCAUAUUAUUCUUGUAAGGGUAACAAUACGAGUCAACUUUAUGACACUUCGAAACUCUAGAUCUAUUCACGUGAAAUGGCAAUUUCGAGGCAUUGUUUAAUGUUAAUGUAUUAACCCUUGUAUUCUCUUCACUUUGUCAGCCUGCUAGUAGAACGGCUUAACGAAUAGUCCCCAUUGAAGUUAGAAGAGUGGCUUGUUCGUACCUUUCAACUUAAUUGGCUUACAUAUGUAUGAAUAAAGUGUUCCUAUAUUUAAGCCAACUAUUUGGCUCAGUUGCAACUAUUUUCAAGUUUUUAGUUAUUUGUGUUAAUUUAUCAAUCAAAAAUGUCUGUAUCUAAACUCUUUUCUAGAAAUAGAUCGUCAGAUAAGAAUAUCACUGUUAUUGAAACUGAAAAGGAAGUUCUCCUGGAUGAUGGUGUUAGAGAAAAGCAAGAAGAUACCGAAAGUUCCAAUAGUUCAGAACUUGAAGAUGCUGAUGUCUUAGAAUUACCAAGAAUCGUUAGAGAAAUAGUUCCCUUAGAAGAUGAUUCUACACUUCCAGUAUUGACUUUCCGUUACUUUGUCUUAGCAGUCAUCUUCAUUAUUCCAGGUGCAUUUAUUUCUACUAUGAAUUCCUAUCGUACUACUUCAGCUGCUUAUUCCAUUUUCUUUGUCCAAAUUGCUUCACAUUGGUCUGGUAAGUGGUUAGCAAAAGUGUUACCUAAAAAGGAAAUUAGAGUAUUUGGAGGAUUUAAAUUCAAUCUUAAUCCUGGUCCUUGGUCUAUUAAAGAAACUGCUUUAGUUACUAUUACUGCUAGUAGUGGUGCAACCGGAAAUCAAGGUACUACUCCACUUUCAUUAGCUGAAAUUUAUUAUGGAGAAAAAGUUCACCCUGCAAUUGCUAUUUUCUAUAUGUGGGCAAUUGUUUUCGUAGGUUAUUCAUAUGCUGCUAUUGCAAGAAACUUCUUGAUUUAUGAUCCACAAUUUGUUUGGCCUCAAGCUUUAAUGCAAACUACUUUGUUUCAAACUCAAAGCAAAUCAGAUGCUGAUUCCAAAUUAGGUUCAAAACAAAUGAAAGUCUUUUUCAUUGCUCUUAUUGGUAUGGCAAUUUGGGAAUUCUUCCCCGAAUAUAUUUUCCCUAUGGUCUCUUCAUUAGCAUUCUUAUGUUGGGUUGCACCAAAGAACCAGACAGCAAACUUUGUUGGAUCUGGUUUAGGUGGGAUGGGGUUCUUAAACUUUACUUUAGAUUGGUCCAAUAUAACUUCAGCUAUUAUGCUUUCUCCUUAUUGGAUUCAAGUGAUUCAAUUUAUUGCCUUUGUAAUUGGUGCUUGGGUUUUAAUUCCUGCUGCUAAAUGGGGUAAUUUAACUGAAUUCAAAUAUGGUUUAAUGUCUAAUAGUUUAUUCAUGGGUAAUGGAACCCUUUACCCAACUAAUCAGUUGUUGACACCUGAUCUUAGAUUGAAUGAAACUGUUUAUGCCGAAUUAGGUAGUGUCCAUAUUGGAGCACAACAAGCUUGGAAUAUGUUUUUUGAUUAUGCUUCCUAUAUCAGUGGUAUUAUUUGGGUCGUAUUAUUCGGAUAUGGAACUAUGGGUAAUUCUUUUAAAAAACUUGUUGCUUCUUUUAAAGCUAGAAAGACUAACGAUUCAACUUUAUCAAUUAAUGAACAAUACACUGAUAGACUUAAUAAAUUACAAGCAAAAUAUCAAGAAGUUCCACAAUUAUGGUAUAUUGUUCUCUUUUUAGCUUCAUUCAUAACUUUGUUGGUUAUCUUUGCAACUGGGAAAUUAUUCAUGCCUUGGUGGGCUAUGGUUAUUGGAAUUGCAUUUGGUGCUGUCAUUGUUACUCCAUUGGCUUGGUUAUAUGCACUUUCAAAUUUCCAAUUAGCUAUUGGGACAUUUAAUGAAUUAUUAUACGGAUAUAUGAUUCAAAAUAGAGCUUCUAGACAUCCAGUUGGUGCAACUGUUUAUGGUGCUAUUGCUGGUGAUGCUUGGUAUAGAGCACAAUACAUUUUACAAGAUCAAAAAAUAGGCCAUUAUAUGCACUUACCACCUAAGGCUGUAUUCUUUUCUCAAAUAUUUGGGGAGUUAAUUGGAGUUCCUAUUAAUUAUGCUGCUUUAAGAUGGGUGUUGAAUACUAAAAUGGAUUUCUUGAAUGGUAAUAAAGUAGAUCCAUUACAUCAAUGGACAGGCCAAUCUAUCAGAUCUUAUAAUACAAAUGCAGUCCAAUAUGUUAUUCUUGGUCCAAAGAGAUUAUUUGAAAACUAUAAAAUAUUACCUUAUGGUUUUGUAUUAGGUGUUGUUGCUCCAAUUAUUCUCUAUGGAUUACAUAGAUUAUUCCCAAAUUCAAGACUCAAGUUCAGAUUAUGGAAUACGACAGUAUUUUUCUCAACCAUGAGUGGAUUCUAUGGUAAUAUAUCAACUGGAUAUCUUUCUCUGUUCAUUGGUGGUACCGUCACCAUGUUCUGGGCUUAUCGUUACAAACAUGAGCUUUGGAAACGUUACAAUUAUCUUUUAGCAGCCGCAUUUGACACUGGAUACAACUUAACCGUAUUAUUAAUUUUCAUAAUCUUCUCAUCUGGAAAGGUUAUCAACAUGCCUAAUUGGUGGGGUAACAACGCAGAUAGUAUUGAAAGAUGCUUUGCAACAGCUGAUUAGUAUAGUUAUAUAUAGACGUCUCUUUAUAGAUUUCCAGUAAUAAUAAAUAAUUUUGAUAAUUUUGAAUAUUUGGUAAAAUCGCACGACCACGA